AUGGCGUGGGAAAAACAGACGCCGUUGAUGCGGUUGCCGAAGAUCACAGGUCGAGAUGCGGAUUUGCACCGAUUGUUUUCGAUGGUGGUGACCCGCGGUGGUUGGUUGAAGGUCAAUUCCCGCAAGGACUGGGACGAGAUUAUAGAGGAGAUGGCGCUGAAGAAGAGGAAGAGAUUGACAACGAGAAGCGGCAUAAUUGAAGGUAGUCAGCAGCGCUAUGUUCCGGAAGUGAUGAGGGGACAGUGUGGGAUGUCCUGCGAGUUGUAUAAGUAUCCCGAGUACGAUGAGCUGAUUUUGUCGUUGUUGACGAACGAGCAAGACAUCUCAGAUCAACCAAAUCCUCGUCCGCGAACGCUCGACCCGCGACGGCGCAGUCGAAUUAACUUGGACGACGAACUGGCAAAAUCUGUAUCAUUCUCGAAGGAGGACGAAGUGUUGGAAAACGAUUCCGGUUCCAAGGGCCUCAUCAGCCUCAAGUACCGAAUGCGCUUCCAUAACCGGAAACUACCCGUUCAGGCGCUUAACUUCCCAGCCGGAAAACGUCGGCUUCCCUUCCCGAAUCAACAGCCAAUGGCCAACUCCUCCAAGCCUGUCUUGAUGAAGGCCGGCAACGAGACCACCCUGUUCUCUACAUCGCUGUCGCGCGUCGAAACGUCCGUCCGAAACCGUCCAGCCUGGGGUCUUCGGAAGUGA